ACCUCGCCUCAUCCUUACACCAAAAAAACACACCCUCCACCAGCGGCUCACGCGGAUACGAAUAAAGACUCAAUCUUGUCGACACAAACAUCGAAACUUGUGCCGAUCUGUCUUGGGCCCAAGACUUUAUCGCUCCCGCUGCCGGUCUCCCGCUGCUCAUCACCGAAGCCCGAAAAAACAGGGCAUUAAUCCCGAUCACGCCCUCCACUAUCCCGUCACUACCACUACCACUACCACUACCACUAUCAGCUCCCUGACAUCCAUCCUAAUUCAAUUUCACCAUGCCACUCGCCAACUUUGGCACCCUGGUUCUCCACCAUAUCGUCUUUGUCGCGCAUUUGGUUUAUUUCCAUAUUGCUUUCUCGCAUAUGGAACCUAGCGCACUCGUGGCUCUCUACUGCGUCUCAAAGCUACUCGCCCGUCGCGCCGACGACAUUGACGGCCCUCCUCCAGAAUGGCCCCCGCCAGUGAUCCAAUGGUAGCCGGCGCCGGAGCCGAGCUGCAGCCUCCGUCUCCGUCUCCGGUCCCGCCAUCCGGGUCGACGUCGGCCCUGGCUACAGGCUAUGAAUCUCCGUCUGAAGAGAACCCGCCCUUCUUCUCCGUCGUGGCCUCGGCUCCAGCUGCUCCAGGGACGGCACAUUCAAGACAUCAUGUCGUGCCGCGGCCGGCCUUGUCUCAACAGCCAUCGUAUAUCACUGCUAUACCCCCUGAGCAUACUAAUAGUCAUGCCCGUCCAGGUCGAUUGCUCAACAAUGAGUCUACUCUCACUUCAAAUAGCCUGAACCAUGUCAUCGCAACAGCCGAGAAGGGCCCCGGGAACCAAAAGGUUGGCAUUCGAGAUCGCAUCGCUUGCUAUCAAUGGACCUAUUUCACUAUGACCAUGUCGACUGGAGGCGUUGCAAAUAUUAUUUACUCAUUAAAGUGGGAAGCACCUUGGCUCCGUGGCAUUGGCCUCUUCUUCUUUUUUCUCAACAUUGUCCUUUUUGCAAUGAAUUGUAUUCUUAUCUGUACGAGAUUCCGUCUGAGGCCUGGGAGUUUCGUAAACUCCUUCACAGACCAAGUUGAAUCGCUUUUCAUAUCAGCUUCAUUGGUCUCUAUUGCUGUAAUAUUAAUCAACACCUGCCAAUACGGUAUUCCGUACACCGGCAUAUGGCUGGUCCACACCAUGGAGUGUGUCUUCUGGGUUUACGCUGCCCUGAGCGUCUCUCUCAGCGCAUUUCUAUAUCUUAUAUUAUGGUCUACUCUAAUCUUCCCCGUCCAUACCAUGACGCCAACCUGGGUCUUUCCAGCAUACCCUCUAUUACUCAAUGCCCCCUUUGCAGCAAACCUGAUCGCGGCUGCAGAUUCAGCUGGUCACAACCUAUCAACCAACACUGUAGCAAUGGCACUCGGGGCCACUGCUAUUCAAGGAACUGGUUGUUUGAUCGCUUUCAUGAUUUCAUCGGCCUUCAUAUACCGCCUCAUGACGCAGAAGCUCCCGCGGGACAUGCAGAGACCCGGCAUCUUCAUGUCUAUCGGUCCCUAUGGCUUUACCGCUGCUGGCAUUGCUCAACUCGGCAGCCAAGCAGACUUGGUGAUACCUCCAAACUUUCUUGACAAUCCUCAAUUUGGCGCUAUCAUUAAAGUCAUCAGCAUUCUCGUCAGCCUCUGGCUCUGGGGUCUUGCCAUGUGGUUCUUCAUUGUCUGUGUCGGCGCAUUGUGGAAAUACUCUCUCUCCGGCCAUCAUUUGCCUUUCCAGAUGACGUGGUGGUCUUUCGUUUUCCCUAAUACGGCUCUCGUUACUGCUACCAGUGUCAUGGGUAAAAUAUUCGAUAGCAAUGGCCUGCAUAUAUUUGCCUCUGUCAUGACCGUUGCAAUCAUCAUCGUCUGGGCUCUUAUCUUUAUCCGGAUGUGUUGGAGUCUAAAAUCGAGAAAACUUCUGUGGCCCAAAGAUGGAAGAUAGAGCAUACCAGAGUGAAUACAGCAUGCCACCGUUUUGGUGCCUUUCCCUUUCAUCUCAUCAAAACAGUCUUAUUGACCAAGAUCUCAGCAGGUCAGCAUAAACCGGCGUCAAGUAUCUUUAGCAAAAGGGCAGUCAUAUCAAAAUAUUAUUUGAAUUCAGAACCCCGCUACUGCGAUUUGUCUUAAAGACACUGCUUGAUCCAAACAUCCAGUAGCAUAAUCAAGUCAACGCAAAGAAAAUGCGGUUAAUUUUGUUUCCCUGACAGGAACUCCAAACUCUUUGACAAUGCCGUUAAUAAAACCGAUACUUGCCAUUGCGCGCCUCUCAUGAAAACAAUAACAACAACAAUAAUAGAAUAAUCCAAGCAAAGAUAUCUUGAUUCGCG